GCACCAGUUACCAGCAACAAAAAUACUUGAGCUUCAGCACCCAAUCCCCAAAUCCCCUCCCCACAAACCCUAACCCUAAUUUCCACCACCUCGCUCCGGUGACAUGACCUAGAAUCCCCUCCGUUUUCGUCGAGUUCAGCUCAGACCGUGCACCAAUCAACGAGCACCGAACAAAAUCCACGACGAUGCCACCGCACGCCGAUCUGGACCGUCAGAUUGAGCACCUGAUGCAGUGCAAGCCUCUGCCGGAGGCGGAGGUGAAGACGCUGUGCGAGCAGGCGAGGACGAUCUUGGUCGAGGAGUGGAACGUGCAGCCGGUGAAGUGCCCGGUCACGGUUUGCGGAGACAUCCAUGGCCAGUUCCACGACCUCGUCGAGCUCUUUCGGAUCGGCGGCAACGCCCCCGAUACCAAUUACCUCUUCAUGGGCGACUAUGUAGAUCGCGGAUACUACUCUGUGGAGACUGUCACACUCCUAGUGGCCCUGAAAGUACGUUACAGAGAUAGAAUUACAAUUCUAAGAGGAAAUCAUGAGAGUCGGCAAAUAACUCAAGUGUAUGGUUUCUAUGAUGAGUGCUUGAGGAAAUAUGGAAAUGCCAACGUCUGGAAGUUUUUCACUGACCUUUUCGAUUAUCUGCCGCUCACAGCCUUGAUUGAGAGUCAGAUCUUUUGCUUGCAUGGUGGACUCUCUCCUUCGUUAGAUACAUUAGACAAUAUUCGUGCUCUGGACCGGAUACAAGAGGUUCCUCAUGAGGGUCCAAUGUGUGAUCUCUUGUGGUCUGACCCGGAUGAUCGAUGUGGGUGGGGAAUAUCUCCUCGGGGUGCAGGGUAUACAUUUGGACAAGAUAUAGCAGCCCAGUUUAACCACACUAACGGGCUAAGUCUUAUUUCUAGAGCUCACCAGCUUGUUAUGGAAGGCUACAAUUGGUCCCAGGAAAAGAACGUUGUGACGGUGUUUAGUGCUCCAAAUUACUGCUAUCGCUGUGGAAAUAUGGCUGCAAUUCUUGAGAUUGGAGAGAACAUGGACCAGAAUUUCCUUCAGUUCGACCCAGCACCGCGUCAGGUUGAACCUGAUACAACGCGCAGAACUCCAGAUUAUUUUUUGUAA